CUUCUAGAGCUGUCUGACGACAUUCGGACUCACCUUCUUGAAGGCGCUUCUCUAGGCGACAGCGCAGAAAUCAUCAAGCGAACUGUCCGUGAGCUGGUAAGGGACGAGAGUGGUGCCAUGCCUGUACUGGAUUUUGCUGCCAUUCAGAAUGCUAGACUGGAUAAACUGCUUUCCGAAAUGUUGACCCUAGGCCACCAGCAAGCUUUGCUUUCUCCUCGAUCCCGCGUUGAUACCUUGAUGGCCGAAAGGUUGCAGAGGCUAUGGAUGGCUCGAUUUCGUGAAAAGUAUUUCAACAUUGAUCAAAUCCGGCAUCAAAACCUAUCCAAGACUGGCAGGCUGAAAGAUAUCAUGUUCAAUGAUGUAGCCACGAACAGCUGGGACUUGUGGCAAGCAGAGGGCAGUGAGACACUAUCAGGCCUUGAAUCAAAUCUCCAGUUCAAACCGGGACAAUAUACAAUCCGACAAUACGGCCACAAGCAAAACCCGACGAGCCGGCUGCACCGAAUCAUCGUGACGUUGGAAAGAGUCGCGGGCCAGCCAAGCAUGGCCGAUUUCGCUCAAGUCCCCCGUCCGUCACAAAUGGACGACUGGGUGCUGUUUGAGAAA